GACAUGUUCCCCCACGUGUUCACAGCCCUAGAGAACAUAGCAGACUGAAUACCUUACAAUAGAAGAGGGACGGUUAUAAUUACUCAAGUUGGGACUCAGAUCCUUCUAUCACCGCCUCUUUUCACAACUUUCAGUCUGCAAAUGGGCAACAGCGAGGGUCACCAUCCUGCUUCCUAGCACCUGACCGAGUCCUUCUCUCUCUCUGCUUGUGCCCUCUGGAUCUUCCCAUUCCCUCCCUUGCCAGCUCCUUUACUGGACUCGCCAGAUAUACAAUCCAUAGAACCGUGUAGCCUAGGGGUCUCAAUUACAAAGUUGAGAGAAGGCUCUGCCUGUAUCUAGGAAGGGCCAUCGGGACAGGCUGUGUCCUGGGGCUGUUUCCUCCCUGGACGACCCAUGAUUGCAUGACCGCUUCCCUCUGCGCGCGACCACUCCUGCUCUCCCAGCCUCCUCGCUCUACCGCGCACUCGCAGCUCCCUAGCGACAUCAGCCAUCAAGCUGGGGGGGGGGGUGGGGGGUGGAGAGAGUCGGGGUGCGCAAGUGGGAGGCCUCUCCCUCGGGAGCCUGGGAGAUCCCUGCCGCCAGCAGGGGCCGUGCCACCGCCCUCGCGGGAACCCAGGCUUUCAUCCAGAGCCUUCCCAACUUCGCGGUGCUCUUAGACCAAGGUGGUCAGGAUGGAUCUGUCACCCCGCCGCCGGCCGCUGCUGGACUCGUCGUCGCUGGACAGCGGCUCGCUGACCUCGCUGGACUCCAGCGUCUUCUGCAGCGAGGGCGAAGGGGAACCCUUGGCUCUCGGGGACUGCCUCACGGUCAACGUGGGCGGCAGCCGCUUCGUGCUCUCGCAGCAGGCUCUGUCCUGCUUCCCGCACACGCGCCUGGGCAAGCUAGCCGUGGUGGUGGCCUCCUAUCGCCGCCUGGGAGCCCUGGCAGCCGCUCCCAGCCCCCUGGAGCUUUGUGAUGAUGCCAACCCGGUGGACAACGAGUACUUCUUCGACCGCAGCUCCCAGGCGUUCCGCUAUGUCCUGCACUACUACCGCACCGGCCGCCUGCACGUCAUGGAACAGCUGUGCGCUCUCUCCUUUCUUCAGGAGAUCCAGUAUUGGGGCAUCGACGAACUCAGCAUCGACUCCUGCUGCAGGGACAGAUACUUCAGAAGAAAGGAGCUGAGUGAAACGCUUGACUUUAAGAAGGACACAGAUGACCAGGAAAGUCAACAUGAGAGUGAACAGGACUUCUCACAAGGACCUUGUCCCACUGUCCGCCAAAAGCUCUGGGAUAUCCUGGAGAAACCUGGGUCUUCCACAGCAGCCAGGAUCUUUGGAGUAAUCUCCAUCAUUUUUGUGGCAGUGUCCAUCGUCAACAUGGCCCUGAUGUCAGCUGAGUUAAGCUGGCUCAACCUACAGCUGCUGGAGAUCUUGGAAUAUGUGUGCAUCAGCUGGUUCACAGGGGAGUUCAUUCUGCGCUUCCUGUGUGUGAAAGACAGGUGCCGCUUCCUGAGGAAGGUACCCAACAUAAUAGACCUCCUUGCCAUCUUGCCCUUCUACAUAACUCUUCUGGUGGAAAGUCUGAGUGGCAGCCACACCACACAGGAGCUGGAAAAUGUGGGGCGCUUGGUCCAGGUUUUGAGGCUCCUCAGGGCUCUUCGCAUGCUAAAACUGGGAAGGCAUUCUACAGGAUUGCGCUCUCUUGGGAUGACAAUCACCCAGUGCUAUGAAGAAGUUGGCCUACUGCUCCUGUUUCUAUCUGUGGGGAUUUCUAUAUUUUCAACAAUAGAAUACUUUGCAGAGCAAAGCAUUCCUGACACAACCUUCACAAGUGUUCCUUGUGCAUGGUGGUGGGCCACGACAUCCAUGACUACAGUUGGAUAUGGGGACAUUAGACCAGACACCACUACAGGCAAAAUUGUGGCCUUCAUGUGUAUCCUAUCGGGAAUCCUUGUCUUGGCCUUGCCUAUUGCCAUUAUUAAUGAUCGCUUCUCUGCUUGCUACUUCACUUUGAAACUCAAGGAAGCAGCCGUGAGACAGCGGGAAGCUCUCAAGAAGCUUACAAAGAAUAUUGCCACUGACUCAUAUAUCAGUGUUAACCUGAGAGAUGUCUAUGCCCGGAGCAUCAUGGAGAUGCUUCGAUUAAAGGGCAGGGAAAGAGCAAGUACUAGAAGCAGUGGUGGAGAUGAUUUCUGGUUUUAAGUUUACCUAUGUACAUUUGGCUGGAUUGAUGAAGCCUUGCUACUAUGGAUAUCUAUAUAUUGAUGAUGAGUUUCUUGAACGUUUCUCAUCUUCUUUCUGGUCUAUUGAUUUCCUAGAAUAUUUAACAUCUGCUAUAGCAACUACUGAUUAUUUUGACACACAUGUCUUCAACAUAGCUGAUUAAUAAAAUAAAAAUAACUUGGGAAAAGAAAUACAUAUCUUAAUUUUCAAAUUUAAUAAAUAUAAUUUCAUACAAAAUAUAAUUUCAAACUUUAAAAGUUUAAAGAUUUAUGUGUUAAUGUUUUUAGGUUUUUGCAGCUUUGGGUUUACUUUUUUUAAUGGAAGUUGAACUGCACAGCCCAGAGGGAAAAAAUUAGUGAACAUUUGAAAAUACACUGAACAUCAUUUUACUAUUUAAAAAUAUUAUCCAAAUAAAUUACAUUUUCUCUAUAAAUUAGACAUUAUACUCUGUUGAGUAUAAUGAUAAGCUUUGCAAGCAAACACUGAAACUUUGUGGUCUUAGAGGGUACCUCUUUUUCCAUCAAGUGCAAAUCACUGGGCCAAAAUGGACAGAGCUCCGCCCUUCAUCACUCAAGUUGCAAGUGACCUCAGACUGCUGAGAAUGCAGUAAAGUGAGGCUUCAAGUGCCUAGACAGCUUCAUCAUCCCAGCUGAGUGUGAUGUGUGAAGAAGAAAGCAGCACAGGUCUUUGUGAAAAUUAGAUGGUUUGUAAAAUGUCUCAUUAUGGAUGAACUAUUUAAGUUAUGCCUUCAAAACCAUGAAAUCAUGAAUAUGUAAAAGUGAAGUUGUUAAGAUCCUAAAUUUAUUCAUUGAAAAGAUUAGAUAGCCUUUUUAUGAGUGAAAAAUAUGUUGAAUGGCAUCAUUAGAUGAACUUGAAAAUUUUUUAUUUGUUAAAAAAUAUUGUGGAAAGCUUUCUGAUUGUUGAGGUAAAUACCAAAUGUUCAGACUUUGCAGGCACUUUGACAGUAUUUACGGUAAUAAUACAAUGCCUAAAUGUUGUGGCAUAUAAUUAAAGCCAAAAGUUUUUAAAGCUAAGAAAUAACCAUGGUUCUAAUAUAAUAGUAAGUAAUAUUUUCAAAAGCCUGACAGAAGAUUCCCUUAUUGCCUACUUUCUUGAUGUAUGCAAUAAAGUUCCUAAAGAAAAUAAAAUUGGUCCUGAGAUAGAGAUCUUACUCUCCCUAUUUAUGAAACAAAUAUACAUGAAAUGUAUAUGCAUACAUACAGAAUAACUACAAUAUCAAAACUUUGUGGGCAAUAAAAUUAGGAAAAAACAGACACUAUCUUGCUGAAGUAGAUGGUAAUGAGCAUUGCAGAAGCUUUUGCUUUAAAUUCUGGGAUUGAAAUGCAAUCCCAUCAUCCCAGCAUAUGUAAAGCAGAGAGAGGAGAAAUAUAAGCUUGGGACCAGCACAGACUGCAUAGCACAUUCAAGGUCAGCUUUGACUGAAUAGCAAGUUCAAGGACACCUGGAAGGCAGGGUAAUACCCUGUCUCAAAAAGAAAAAGAUAAUCCUUUGUCUUAAUAUAUGGUUUGAUAAUUUGUAACAUGUUAUUUAUUAUAUGGCUACAUAUUUCACUAAAGGCAUUUAAGGCAUCCUACUGUAUUACAAACUACCAAUUAAGCAAGAAAGGUGCCAAUCAUCUGUAAGAUGCCAUGGAUUAUAAAUACAAAGUACUUGCCACAGAAGCAAGGAAAUACCUCCUGUUUUCUGGUGUGCAUGCUUAAAUUCUGAACAAAUUUCCAUGGCAUGAGUUUUAAAUUAUAUCCUCAGGUACUUAAAUUUACUUGGCUUGUUUGUACUUUUCCUAAAUAUUUUAAGAAUAUUACAAAAAGCAAAUAAUAUUAAAAUAAAUGUCCUUUAUUUUAAUGACAGGUUCUUACUACGUAGCCCAGCUAGCCUGAAACUCACAAUACAGAUGAGGCUGUCCUCAGACUCAUAAAGGUCUGUUUCCCAAGUGCUAGUAUUAAACUUGUGUACCACCAUAUAUGGUAAUAUUUAUCAUACAAAAAGGCAUGGACCCUAAAGCAAGUCUGGGCACCACUGGCCAUAACAUAAAACUAUCCAUUGUCUGAAUGGGUAGUAGAUGUCAGACAUAGAAAACAAAUUUACUCUGGACUUUCUGGAAAUUUCUCCAGUAAUAAUUGUUACUAGAGUAUAGUCUGUAGUUUCCCUCAAAUAUCACAAUUAUAUAAUUACUCUUACAUUCUUCUAAAAUAUUUUACUUUAGAGUAGAUUUUGUUCACAUAAUAUAUUCUGAUUAUGGUUUUGCCUUUCCCAACUCCUCUGAGAUUCUCCCCACUCCCCUCCCAUCCAAAUUCACACUAUUUCCACACCGUGAGUUUGAGGCCAGCCUGAUCUACAGAGCGAGAUUCAGGACAAGUACCAAAAC